UGCUCUCUUUCUUUCCCAACCUCCUCUCUCACGCUCUCUCUCUUUCUCUCUCUCUCUCCCCCUUCACGAACACAAUUUUCUCUCACAGACGCGCUCUCUCCCCUCCUUCCCUCCCUCACACUCUUUCUCUCUCACAUACACACUUGCCCACUCUCUCUCUCUUUCUCUCUCUCUUUCUCUCUCUCUCUCUGGAGGAGGAACACAGGGACUCCAGGUUCCUCCACAGUUCAGUUCAGAGCACAUGAGGCUCCAUCACUCAGCUUUUUCUCUCCAGCACCAUCUCUCUCUCUCUAACCGGAUAACUGGAACUCAUGGAAAAUUCAUGAGCGCAGCUGAGCGGGAUGGAAAACGCUGACCAGUGUAGGUGCACAGACAUUAACCGUUGAAGGUCUGAGGACCACCCUGUGGUUCAUGCCUCAACAACCUGUUAAAAUCAACCCUGCGAUGCCAGAGGAGCCCCUUAAAGACACCAUGACAGUUCCCACAGCCCCUGAGAGGUCACUCACAGACAAAACCAACAACAAUGACCCGCUGGUCAGCGCGGUCACCAUCCCACUGGUCACAGAGGGCCAGCUGACGGCAGCCACGGGUGGGGCAGAGCUUUCCUGCUACCGGUGCACGGUGCCUUUCGGCCUGGUGGUCCUCAUCACUGGCAUUGUGGUGACGGCUGUGGCCUACAGCUUCAACUCCCAUGGCUCCACCAUCUCGUACUUUGGCCUGGUGUUGCUGUCUUCCGGCCUCGCUCUGCUGGGCCUCAGCGCCGUCUGCUGGAAGGUCCGGCUGGAGAGGAAGAAGGAGAGACGGAGGGAAAGCCAGACAGUGCUGGUGACCAACCACAGGAAUAUCUUCGCCUGACCUGGCUGUUUGAGACUUUGGACCUUUCCAAAGACCCAUUUCUUUUCAUGUCACUGCUACUGUAUAAGCAAGUGACUGCGGAGAACUUCGCUUGGGGAAGUGUGCCUUGCUUGACCUGUGACCUGCAAGAAAAACCAUGCUGUUAUUCACUUCUCCUUACAUGCAAGUCCUUUAGCUUCAUCACAAUGAGAGCAGCUGCACGUAGUGGUUUUACUCUCUUGAACCUGAAGACUGGCUGACGAGCAAGCUCAACCUUUGACCUACAUUAGGAAAAACAUGCUGCCCGAUCUUAACUGCAGCUGUGCAUAGUGGAGAAAAGAAGCCAACCUGGAGACAAGCAAGGCUUAAGGUGGAUCCCACAGCCUGUUUACUAAUACAGAUCAAAAACAUUACACAUGUACUAAGAAAAACACAGUUAGUCACUCCUUGCAUGCUAUCUGGGA